AUGUUGAAAUUCAAGAUAUUAUUUAUCGUCGCGUCCAUAAUCACUUUGUCCCGCUAUGUCAACGCAAUUUGCAAGUAUGCGGGUCAAAUGUGCCCCGAGGAGGCACCGUGCUGCAAUGGCGGCUGGUGUUCAAAUAAUCCAAGGUUUUGUUCUACAGGCUGUGAACCAGAAAAUUCGUUCUCCGUGAAUUCAUGUUACCCUAAGCCGGGGUGCAAAAGUUUUUAUGAUGAUUUUUCAAAAUCUUCGAUCGUCAGCUAUUCGAAGUACAAUGGCGACCCAAACACCGCCAAAUGGACUUCAGAUUUCUUGCCUGAUUAUGCGUCUGUCGACGAUUCAGGCCUAGUAAAUCUGAAAAUGUAUCAGGAUAAGACGCAUAAGAAUAGCUUUGGGAAUUAUCAGGGAUUCGGUGCAACAAUUAGUACUACCAGAUGGAUGCAAUUUGGACGAGUUACCGCUCGAAUAAAGACAGCAUGUAUCUCUAAAGGCGUGGUAUCAUCCAUGGUGGUUUCUAAUAAUGUCAGUAUUGUUGGUAUUACGAUGGACACCCUCGGAGACGAGAUUGACUUCGAAUGGGUUGGACUAAAUAAAACCGAAGUGCAAUCAAACUACUAUUGGAAUGGUACAUUGGACUACACAAAAGGUGCUCAUCACUACGUAUGCCCUGAUACCACUGCUGAUUUUCACACCUACUUUGUCGACUGGCAACCCGAUGCUCUCAGCUGGGGUGUAGAUGGAAAAGUAUUACGUACGGUGACCAAGAAAUCUACUUUUAGUUCCACCGAUAAUGUCUAUAAGUAUCCUUCUCAGCCAUCCCGCGUAGCCUUUUCCAUAUGGGAUGGUGGUAUGGGAGCUCCGGGCACGGGAAACUGGUCGGGCUUUCCUACUGAUUGGUCAGAUCCUAACAAAGUGUAUACCAUGUAUGUGGAUUGGGUCAAUGUUACUUAUGAAACAAAUGACGAUGGAUCGUGGCCACCAGCUGGUUAUGGUUUGACUGAUAAAGCCAAAUCAUCUUCCACCACCGAAAAAACCUCAUACACUACCAUGGGUGUUAAUCAGCCUGUAGAAUCCACAGCCGGAGAUGGUAAUAAUAGUACCACAUCGGCGGAUACGCAUACCGAAUCAGGCAGUGUGGUUAAAAAGUACGGUAUACCAGCCUUGGCAGUGGUCGGUGGGAUAGCGGGAACGGCAUUUAUAUUCGGUACAUUUAAGCAUUUCACAAAGGGUAAAGAGUAUUAA